GAUGUAUCACUAUCAUUCAUUGAGAACGUCGAAGAACCCAAGCUUAAUACUCUUGCACCCUUAUUUAGUGCAAGACAAUGUCAAUGAGCAUGACUCGGUUCGGUCGCGUAUUGCGAGGCCUCAUCCCCAGUGGACGCGCCUUGGCUUCUCGGAAAAAGUCGUGCUUUACAACGAACCAAGCGAGGGCGUUCUUAGUGCCUGCAUCAAAUCGGGCCUUUACUUAAGAAACGAGAUACAAGUAAGUAGUAUAUGUAAGUUCUUAAGAGAAGGGAAGCUCUUAAGAGAUUCAAGCCGAUUGCUUAUCCUAUAAAUACUCGAAUACUCAAAAAGAAGCUAGAUCCUAUUUUCACUUUACCUUAGCACAGCGCUAAUCCAAGACCUCCUCUGCUUCGGCAAGCAAUCUCAAGACUUCUUUCGCAGCAGAACAAGAGCAAGAACACGAUGAAGCCACUGGUAGUACAACUUCUGGUAGCGCGAAGAUGUAUAAAGAAGAAGCUGCCCCAGUUGUAGAGCAUCCGACGGCUGGCACAGUGUAUCAAGGCUGUGUUGAUGGGUUUAAUAUAAAAAAGGGAUUUGGUUUUAUCCGACCAGAUAUUGCCGUUCCUUCGAAAAUAGGCAAGGCAAACGUCUUUUUCCGCUCUAUCUCUCUCCUCGAUCGACGAAUUCCUGUGCAAGGAGAGAGGAUAAAGUUCCAGCUGCAGCCGAAUAAGGUGAAGUUAUGAAGACCAGGUUUUGAGGCAUUAAUAUUUAGCAAGUUGUAGUUGUAAAAAACCACGAUGACGAGUAUGAUGCAGUGGCGAGUGCGAGUAUGAAGCAGUGGCAGUAACAAACUGUAUAGAUAAGGCCUAAGAAGUUCAUUCUGGAAGAGCAAUGAUUUUUUGAGCUCGUUCUAUUUCUUGAUAGAUUUUUUUUAGCGAGUAGUUGUAGAAGACCACGACCAGAGCCAGACAUUUUCUAAUAAGCGAUGGGGAGUAUGAAGCAGUGGCUGUGGAGGGAGGGUCAGGUCGAAUUUGGAAUUGAGGCGGCCUGGGUGGGAUUUAGAACCAACUAAUUAUAUAUAAUGCUCCUUUCGUUGCAUCACUUACCGGUUAGGAGGAGACGUGUCAUGGUGGACGAAUUUCUCAAGAGCAAAUCAGAUAUCCCAAAUUCUAGUUGUUCAGGGCUCAUGAUGUAUGAGCACGACUGUGCAGCUUUGCGGAAGACAAAAUUGCGUUCUAUGUAGCCUAGAAAAACGGAUAAAGACCGAUGAAAAGGAGCGUAGAAUCACUAUUCUUCAAAAAGUUCUCUAGG